CCAUGCAACACACGCAUUCACACUGGCCAAGUUUAUUGUCGGCUAACACUAGUGAUUUGGAAAAGUUUUGCUACUGACGUUAGCUAUCAUUGACGUAACCACACAAUGAUUCCAAACUGACAGUUGCUUCUUUUGACAUAUUGACAGUUGCGCCUGUGGAAUACAAGACGGUGGUGAGUGAUGGCCGUGAAAGCCAAUCCUCUUAUCCCGGUCGAAGCUUUAAAUUGACUAAAAUAGACAUUAUUCUGCCUACAUUUAACCUUUUAUUAUACUUUGAGGGGGGUUUAAAGUAAAGCAAUAUGAAGUUUAAUGUUUUACAACCAGAUGUGAGCGGGGACGGUCAAUAGAAAACAGGCUUCAGCUUAAGCAGACAUUUUCCGCUUGGUCCUAGUGCUUGACCCAGUUACAUUUAAUAUAGCGCAACAUUGGUUUUGGACGGCAAAAAACUGCCUUUUGAAAAAGUGCCGUCAAUGCUAAGAAAACGUCAUAGUGCGCAUGUCUAUUUGGGACUGCUAUUUCAUGUUAAUUUGCCACAAAAGAUGAAAAAAACGACGGGACUGUUUGUUUCCUUUUCUCUGCAUAUUCCGCCCAAAGAUCGUUAGUAACUGCUUAUUAGUUAUUCAGUGCACUUUGAAGUUUCCCGGGACACCUUAUCUCGCUAGCUGCUAACAAGAGACGUGGGGGCUAGCAACACAUACUGCACAUGCGCCAGCAGCCAUUUUGGACCACUAUUUUGGGUAAGGUUUCAAGCAAAAACCAUUGCUUGAAACCUGAAAAGGCUAGCAAAAGAUUUGUUCUCUUGUCUCUACAUUGUUCCGGGUAAACAUCGUCACUUUGAAAUGUGUAAAGUCCAAAUACUGAGAGUGUUGGUGAAUCAGCGACUAACUGCGGCUGUUGAAGAAAUAUUUGUAGUGUUGGAAAGAACGAUAGCAGAGUACGAGGAGGAACUUUCUCGAACAAAAGACGAGAACGAGCGACAACGUCAACUACUGGACGCUGUUUUCAAGAAGCAUCAACUUGAGCCACACGGAGCAGGCAUCCAGCACGUUAAAGAGGAAGAGAAGACCAAAGGGCUGGAGGAGGAGGAUGACACCAAGUUACCUUGGAUUCAUAUAAUUGUGAAGGUUGAAGAUGAUGAAGACAAAGGUGAAAGUGAGGAGAAGAGAGAGGUGGAGCCUCCAAGCAGCAGCUCAACUCAACACAUGACAACAGAAGCUGAUGGAGACCACUGUGGAGGAUCACAAGCAGACAACCUCUUAGCUCCACUAUCAGAUAGUGACGACACAACGUCACACUCUCCUGACACUGAUGAUGAAGACUCUAAAGCUGAUAUGACAUGUCACACUGACAACACAAACUUUAAAUGCUCUCUCUGUGACAGAACUUUUAAUGACAGCAGUAAUCUGAAAAGACACUUGAGAUGUCACACAGGAGAGAAACCGUACAUCUGCUCAUUUUGUGGUAAAACGUUUUUUCAGAAGAUCAAUUUGACAGCACACACAAGAACACACACCGGAGAGAAACCAUACUCCUGUGCAGUUUGCAAUACACAUUUUAGUCACCAGUCAGCACUGACUCGACACGUGCGACGACACACUGGCGAGAAACCUUUUGCCUGCUCGUUGUGCGGUAAAGCGUUCAACCUGAAGGGGUCUUUGACGGCACAUACAAGAACACACACUGGAGAGAAACCUUUUAAAUGCUUAAUUUGUGGUAAAAACUUUUCUCAAAGGUCACACUUGACAACACACACAAGAACACACACUGGAGAGAAACCUUUUGCCUGCUUUGUCUGUGAUCAAAGUUUCUCUGUUAAAGGAGGUUUGACGGCACACAUGAGAACACACACUGGAUAGAGAUGAUGUGGUUAAUAUGCAUGGUUACUGUGGCCUGCUAUGAUAUGUUGUGAUGUGGCAACAACUUAUCAGUCUUUUGCUGAUGUUUUCAUGUUGGAGAUUUCUUAGGUGGGAUUCUAUUGCAGUCUAAAGCAAUCGAUAACAGACCAACUGAGGGACAAUCACUGGCCGAUAAUGGAUCAUUCAUCAACAUGAAGUACAAGUAACCUGUGUCACCUUUUUAAACAUGUACCUUUUAACUUAUGCUGCUAUCUUGUUUUCCCUGAACUUCCCUGAACAGUGAAAACAAUACAUUGUAGCAACCUCGUCACUCAUUGUAACAGUUACACGGCCACAAUACAAUGUGUUGACUGGUGUAAAUUUGACCCAGAAUAAAAUUCAAAUUCACAAAUGUAGAUUUGGCAUCAUAUUUAAGGAUCUGAUCCUCUGUGGCAGAAGCAAGCUUCGGGUACACGGAAUGUCACCUCUCUGGUGUGGAAGGAGCCUGAGCUGGUGCGCAUGGUUGAGAAGUUCUGGCUAAAUGUAGUUCGGACUCACCUUGUUGAGCAGGAAGGGCUCUGGAACCAGUCCGUUCAAGAGGGGUUCCACUUUG